AUUUCCUAUGUUCCUUUUAUACAAGUGGUUUCCCAGAUCAUAACUCCCUGUUGAGAUUUGAGUUGGAUUUGAGAAUUUGGAGAAUUCCUGCAGCUUUGUAACUCAGAGGUGUAAUCAGCUGAAGAAUUCUCCUUUGGAGGAGUUCUGCAUUUUGCCAGUCAUCUCUCAUAACUGAGUGCCAAAGGCAGAGACACUAAGCCUCAGGAGAGGUUAAGAUGGUUGUCUGGGGUCAUAAUGCUGAACUUGCACGACAGAAUUUUGACCAAGGUCUGCUGCUCACAAGCUCCUGUUCUUUCUGCUCCCCGUGUCUCUGACAUUCCAUGAAGGACUCCAUGAAAGAUGACAGAAGAAGUUAUUGUUAUAGCAAAGUGGGACUACACAGCCCAACAGGACCAGGAGCUGGACAUCAAGAAGAACGAACGCCUGUGGCUGCUGGACGAUUCCAAGACGUGGUGGCGGGUGAGGAACGCAGCCAACAGGACGGGCUACGUGCCAUCCAACUACGUGGAGAGGAAGAACAGCCUGAAGAAGGGCUCCCUCGUGAAGAACCUGAAGGACACACUAGGCCUCGGCAAGACCAAGAGGAAGACGAGUGCGCGGGACGCGUCCCCGACGCCCAGCACGGACGCCGAGUACCCGGCCAACGGUGGCGGCGCCGACCGCAUCUACGACCUCAACAUCCCCGCCUUCGUCAAGUUCGCCUACGUGGCCGAGAGGGAGGACGAACUGUCCCUGGUGAAGGGGUCGCGCGUCACCGUCAUGGAGAAGUGCAGCGACGGCUGGUGGCGCGGCAGCUACAACGGGCAGAUCGGCUGGUUUCCCUCCAACUACGUGCUGGAGGAGGUGGACGAGGCGGCCGCCGAGUCCCCCAGCUUCCUGAGCCUGCGCAAGGGCGCCUCCUUGAGCAACGGCCAGGGCGCCCGGGUCCUGCACGUGGUGCAGACGCUGUACCCCUUCAGCUCGGUCACGGAGGAGGAGCUCAACUUCGAGAAGGGAGAGACCAUGGAAGUGAUCGAGAAGCCCGAAAACGACCCGGAGUGGUGGAAAUGCAAAAACGCCCGGGGACAGGUCGGCCUUGUCCCCAAAAACUACGUGGUGGUCCUAAGCGAUGGGCCAGCCCUGCACCCCGCGCACGCCCCGCAGAUCAGCUACACGGGGCCCGCGUGCACCGGGCGCUUCGCGGGCCGAGAGUGGUACUACGGGAACGUGACGCGCCACCAGGCCGAGUGUGCGCUCAACGAGCGGGGCGUCGAGGGUGACUUCCUCAUUAGGGACAGCGAGUCCUCGCCCAGUGACUUCUCCGUGUCUCUCAAGGCAUCAGGGAAGAACAAGCAUUUCAAGGUGCAGCUCGUGGACAAUGUCUACUGCAUCGGGCAGCGGCGCUUUCACACCAUGGACGAGCUGGUGGAACACUACAAAAAGGCGCCCAUCUUCACCAGCGAGCAUGGGGAGAAGCUCUACCUCGUCCGAGCGCUCCAGUGACGGCCCCGCACCUCUAGGCCUCCGGUGCCACCCUCACUCCCAGAGCCGGCAGAUGCCCGGACGGCGGCGGCCCCACUCUCCUGCAGAGGGCCCGCUCUGCCGGUGGUGCGGCCUUUAUUGGCUUCUUUGCCUGGUUUAUCUUUUUGUCCAGGUCGGUUUGCUUCCACCUGCCUCCCCUGGGCCGUCCCAGGCCCUCACCCCCACGGUCACGCCACUGCGGUCCGGCCAGUUGGAAAGUGGGAGGUGGAGGAGGGGCGGGUUUGUUCACUUUAUUCCUUCUCCGUUGGGAACAGCCUUCGUCUGUUCCAGGUGUUCAUGCCAAGAGAACCCUCCUCCAAAGGACGCUGGGCGCGGUCUGAAUGCACCGAAGCUGCCGUUAUUAAGUGCACUCCAGCACACUCAAAAAUUGGGGUCCUCUUGCAUACUGGGCAGCUCGUGGGGAGGUCCCCGGUCCUAGCAGCCCUUGUCCCGUGUCCUUUGCCCUUCCGUGGCCCCCAGACUGUGCAGGGAGUGGACGUGUAUGCUGGUGGCAGUGCUGGAGCCAGCAGGUGAGGGGGCGGGGAGGAACUGUCCAGUGCCUUGGGCUGUGCUUGCAAUAAGGAAAGAAUUUCCUCGAAAGGCAGUGUGCAAAAGAGGGACCGGCGCCUUGGAAAGACAGAUGUUUUGGUAAUUUGCCCCCAAAUGUGCCAUCUGCCUAGUGCUUUUUCCUCUUGCCCUUCGGCUUGUUUAAAUUUCACAAUUAUGUAUUUAAUUCUCAAAGUAAUAUGUAUCUGUAGCCAUUUGUUGACACUAAUACGGAUGAUUAAGGAAAACAGCUGAUCUUUGGGGAAGGGGAGCUACCAACACUUGACACACACAGACACACACACAGACACACACACAGACACACACACAAAAUAUAUAUAUAUAUAUAUUAUUUGCUUUACAGGGAAAUUUUUCAGGGUUUACAAGAGAAUAUGUGAUUGGUAGUAAGAGACAUACAGAAUGUUUAUGAAGAAAUUGCAUUUUCUUUUCUCUUUCCAUUUGAACUUCUUUAUAGUUUAAAUAUACAGUCUUGAGAUGGCACAUUCCUACAACUGAAGAAGGGGUCUUGAGACCUCCUCAACUUGCAUACUCAGUUUUUUUGGAUAUUGUAAUAAAAAAAGUAUUAUGACAAGACUACGUGUGUGUUUCUCCUCGGGAAAACUGACUCACGGGAGAGUGAUUACUGCCGCAUUUACUGAAUGCUCAGUGCCUGGAGAGAGACAUUUUUAGAGAGGACGUUAACAGAUUUAUUGCCUGUGUGUUUUCUUUUUCUACCAACACAUUUUUGUAUAUUGAAAUAAUAAAUUUUCAUUAGUGAAACUCCAAGAGAAACCAGAA